AUGACUACCAACUUCAGAGAGUGCGCCAAGCGAUUCGCAGAAAACUCAACACUCCGCGAAACAUGGGGUUGGCAUGGUAAGAUCAUCGGCAUCGAUUAUAACUCUACGACCCAGAUAUCCCGUGAAGGGUGCAUAUACCUUUGUGGUAACGGCGCGCAUUACUACCCGUGGAAAGACGUUUCAGGUGUAAUCACCACCUGGAUACUCCCAAUCAUCGGUGUUCUUUUGCAGGCACCUUUUGAGAGCAACGCAACUCAACGAACAUUGUUGGCCAUCACGCGAUGGGUUGGCUCGCCCAUCGCAUCGAUAUCCUACGUCCUAUGGAAUAUCAAAGUGUCUGCCAAGGCUGCCAUGAUGGUUGACAUGGCUGUCAAGUAUGACGAGACCCCCCAUCGCAAGACCGACUUCGGUAGCAUGCGAGACUCUAUGUAUCUCUUGCUGGUUAUGAAUCAGUACACGCUAAAGCCUACGGUCAUGUCGAAAGACCUUCAGAAAGAAGCCGAGGGCCUAUUGCGCAUCACGCUCUUUAGCAAAGACCUUGUGUUAACAGAUACCGACAAGACGCUCCGUCAAAUGAGACGCAUACUGGCCCGUGAGGUGCGUGAGAUGAGAAGAAGGGGGACCGUUCCGGUCUUUAUAUCCAUCAUGUGGUUCUUAUUCGCAUUUGCGCUUUCCAUUCAAGAUGCUUUCGGUGACCUGGGAAACAACUCAACCGCUCACGAUUUGGCAUUGGGCUGUUUGCUGGCCUGGUUCCCAGUUCUAAUUAUGGGCUCUAUUGUUGACCGCAAUCCCAUAGCAGCAGAAGCGAUCCGCAAAAAGCUCAGCACCUUGGUCGAUCACGUCCGUCACGCACUACGCGACAAGCAACAUCGCGACGAAUUCAUCAAGACCUUUAGAGAUCAACCAGACUACCAUGAGCUGAAGUGCCGUAUCGAGAGUGUGGCGGACAAGGGCGAGUACAUGGAAGAAUUCUUCGUGGAUUUCGCUGGCCAGGCGAGAAUUCGAUGGCAUUAUGGUGCCGCACAUGCAAUUCUCUCUGAUAUAGAAGACUGCUAUAUUGAGAGGAAAGGCCGUAAUUGGCUGGCUAAUGAGCGCGAAGCACGAGCAAGUCUUGUGUUGGGGCCUGUCAAUGAGGAAGGGUUGGUUUGGUUCGAUGUACGAGAGUUCUGGCAAGUGCUAAGUGCCAUCAUCAUCGUUGCUGGAAGUUGCGGAGGUGCAUUCAUCUUAAGUUACUUCACACCCACCGUUGGCCUCGGUUGCCGCAGUGGAGGAUACACCAUCUUCUUCGCUGUUGCAUUGGGCCUGCUUAUCGUCGAAAUGACCGUCUGGAUGUUCCUUUCGCCGUACGAGUUCGAUGCGCUAUGCGAGCUGGGGAAGACUCAAGCGAAGAGCUUCGCGAAUGGUUGA